CUUCAUGCACCCUUUAUGGGCCCCACCCAUUUCUUUCUUCAGUCUCCCCCUCAAUUCCUCUCUCACAAUUUACUCGCUUCAGAGUCCUCCUCCUCCUCCUCCUCCUCUCCCAUAAUUUACUCUCACACACAUAUCUCUCUCUCGCUCUCUACCUUCUGAUGAGUUUUGGGAGAUAGAGAGGGAAGGAUAGAAUCAAAGAAAGAGAUAAGCUUUUUCUUCGUGACGAUUUACAUUCUCCGGGUAAAAGAGAUUUUGUCUGACUACUGGCAGUUGCAGGAAGAGUAAUGAUGUUAAACACAUUGUUAGUUCACGGUCUAUUGUUGAUCUUCUUCUUCAUAAUCGGCUCCGUCGCCGGCGAAGAUAACGACGGCGGCUUAUCGAUAUGCAACUGCGACGACGAAGACAGCUACUUCAGCUACGAAGGAAUCCUCGAAUCUCAAAAAGUCGGCGACUUUCUAAUCGCCGUCGCCUACUUCUCCAUCCCCAUCGAGCUUCUCUACUUCGUGAGCCGCACCAACGUCUCUUCGCCUUACAUCUGGGUCGUCUGCGAGUUCAUAGCCUUCAUCGUCCUCUGCGGCAUGUCCCAUUUGCUCUCCGGCUUCACCUACGGGCCCCACUACCCUUGGGUCAUGACGGCCGCCACCGUCUUCAAGAUGCUGACUGCGAUCGUCUCUUUCCUCACGGCCAUCUCGCUUGUCACUCUCUUGCCGUUGCUUCUCAAAGCAAAGGUUCGUGAGUUUAUGCUGAGUAAGAAGACGAGAGAACUUAACCGUGAGGUUGGGCUUAUAAUGAAACAGACCGAGACUAGUCUGCACGUGCGUAUGCUCACUACUAAGAUAAGGACGUCUUUGGAUCGGCACACGAUACUCUACACGACGCUUGUGGAGUUGUCGAAGACUCUGGGGCUCAAGAACUGCGCGGUUUGGAUCCCUAAUGAGAUCAAGACGGAGAUGAAUCUCACGCACGAGUUGAACGGUGAGAAUGUGGGUCGUGGGCCUGGUGGUGGGCCUGGUGGGUUUUCGAUACCGAUCACUGAGUCUGAUGUUGUGAGGAUUAAGAGAAGUGUGGAGGUGAAUAUGCUGAGUGCUGGCUCUGCGCUUGCCUCGGUUACUACCCGAGGCAAGCCAGGCCAGACGGUCGGGAUCAGAGUCCCGAUGCUUCGGGUCUGCAACUUCAAAGGCGGGACCCCCGAGGCUAUCCACAUGUGCUACGCCAUCUUGGUCUGUGUGCUUCCUCUGAGGCGGAGCUGGAGCUACCAGGAGCUGGAGAUCGUUAAGGUCGUGGCUGAUCAAGUCGCGGUCGCGAUCUCUCACGCCGUGAUCCUCGAGGAGUCUCAGCUCAUGAGGGAGAAGCUCACGGAGCAGAACCGUGCGCUUCAGGUGGCGAGGGAGAACGCGAUGAGAGCUAACCAAGCCAAAGCUGCAUUCGAGGAGAUGAUGGGGGACGCGAUGAGGCGUCCCGUGAGGUCUAUCCUCGAGCUGCUUCCUUUGAUAACGCAGGACGGGGUGUCGUUACCGGAGACGCAAAAGGUUAUCGUUGAUGCUAUGGGGAGAACCAGCGAGCUACUGUUACACCUUGUGAACAAUGCUGGGGAUGUGACUAGUGGGACGCAUUGUUUUAGUUUGCGUUCGGUUGUGAAGGAAACGGCAUGCUUGGCGAGGUGUUUGUGUUUGGGGAACGGGUUUGGUUUCUCGACGGAUGUUGAUAGAGCAUUGCCUGAUUGCGUCAUGGGCGAUGCUAGGAAGGUGUUACAAGUGGUGUUGCAUAUGCUAGGAGGUGUAAUGAACCGGAAGAUCAAAGGGAAUGUGAGUUUCAAGGUUGUGCCGGAACGAGGAAGCUCAGAGGUUGUGAAAGAGAGCCAAGAAGCGGCUUGGCGACAAUGCUAUUCCAAAGAAUACGUUGAAGUUAAGUUUGGAUUUGACGUAGCUGCAGAAGGCGAAGAGAGUAGUAGUAGUAGCAGCAGCACUAAGUUCAUGCAAGGGAACGUUUUGGUUGUGGAGGAUAGUCAAGGUUUGGUGAAAAGCCUCUCUGUUGUGUUCCGGUUCCAGCUCCGGCGAUCUAUAGUGUCACGAGGCGGUGGUUAUUCUGGGGAAACUUUUAAAACAUCGACUCCUCCGUCUACUAGUAACGGUCAUUGGCGUCAGUAAGGGGGACAUGUUAGAGUAGAAGAGAGGUGAUUUAGGUGAAGGGUUAAUAAUUUCAGAGAUCAGAGAGAGAAGUGGAAAGUAAAAACAGUGCCGUGUUUUGAUUGUAUAAACCUGAAAAAAAUUAACUAGGUUUUAACCUAUUAUUAUGUAGGCAAAAGGCAUGGUUCAGACUUGUUACCUGGUAUGGUAGAUAACAGAAUUAAAAAGUUGAAUGUGUAGGAGGAUGUUUUUUCCUCUUUUCUCU